AUAACUCCUGACAGAGAAAAGGAGCCUUCAAUGCCAUAGCUACCGCUCCUCUCCUCUCCUCCUCCAGUCCACGUUCCCCCCCCUUUUUUAACCCCUCUUAUCACCUGUUGAGUGUUUGUUUUCCACUUUCUAUCCCUCCACAUCCUCCAUCAUCUGUCACCAUGACAACCUCAGCCCUGCGCCGGCAGGUGAAGAAUAUUGUGCACAACUAUUCAGAAGCGGAGAUCAAGGUCCGUGAGGCCACCUCGAAUGACCCAUGGGGCCCGUCCUCGUCUCUCAUGUCAGAGAUCGCUGACUUGACCUUCAACGUGGUGGCGUUUGCUGAGGUCAUGGGCAUGGUGUGGAAACGCCUCAACGACAGCGGCAAGAACUGGAGACACGUCUACAAGCUCAUCUCCUAUCAUCAUUGCGAACAAGCCCAGCCCAGCAUGGCUGUGGCUUGUAUGGGGAGGGGUUCGACGCAGCUUCCAGAGGCCUCUCCAUCCUCCUUUAACCUGUCCUCGUCCUCGUCUCCUCGUGCCGCCUCAGACCUGGAGCAAGCUCGACCACAGACCAGUGGCGAGGAGGAGCUGCAGCUCCAGCUGGCCUUAGCCAUGAGCAGGGAGGAGAGUCAGAAGGAGCAGUGCUGUCGUCAAGGAGACGAGUCUCUGUUACAGAAGGCCCUGGAUGAGAGCAGGAGAGAGAGCCAGUCAGGGACUCAGGAGUCAGCCAUGCUGGACCUGGUGGACAUAUUUGGCCCCUCAUCGGAGGCCCCACCUCCGCCUAGUGACCCUUGGAACUCUACCCAACCGACCGGUGACAUCACCUCUAACCCCUGGGACUCUGUAGCGGUCCACUGCAGCACUCCUGUGAUUGGUAGCCCUUGGGCGGCCCCUCCCUCAUCCUCCGUCACAUCCAAUCCUUGGGCUCCAUGCGCCAACUCACACACAGACCCCUGGGAAGCAGCACCUGUCUCCUCCAGUCCUGUCAACCACUCGUGGGACAGCCCAACAGACGGAGGUGGUGAUGGGGAGGAUCCGUUUGCUGCACAGGAAGAGGAGAAGCCUCAAGAUGAGGUUCCUCAAGUGUCCUCCCCUCAACCUGCUAGUCCCACAGAUGUAGAGCUGUUUGGCAUUAAAGCAGACUCUGACCCAUUUGCUGAAGCGGAUUCCAAGCCAGAUCCGUUUGGGACUGACCCUCCGGUGAAACCCCAGGUAAACGGACGGGAGUCGGCAAGCCCAGAGAUGUUUGAUCUGUCCCGGCUAGCACCCCUGCUCAGUGCCCCGCCUACUCGUGUGUGUCGAACCCCAGAGGCCUUCCUGGGACCUACAGGGGCCUCGCUGGUCAAUUUAGAUGCACUGAUACCCUCCAACCCCCCUAGCAAGACGCACAACAACCCCUUCCUCUCAGGUCUGAGUGCUCCGUCUCCCACCAACCCCUUCCACUGCGACCAGCCUCGCCUCACCCUCAACCAAAUGCGGCCAUCCUCUACAUCCCCACUACCCCCGCACAUGCUCUCCUACAGCCCUUCUCUGCCCCUCCCUCUGCACCACCAGCCAACCAUCCUCCCCUCCUCUCUCACGCAACCUCCUGCCGGACUCCUGGACCUUCCCUCAAACCUCCCGCAGCCCCUGCUCCCCCUUUCUCCACGACCAGCACCCCGCACUCAGUCCCAGACACAGACACACAGCCACAACCCCUUCCUCUGAGACACCUGCGUCUUUCAAGCUCUGGUCUGCAGAGGGAGACGACAGAAUGGACUCUUUUUGGAUUCAUCUAUGCUGACUACAAUGAGACGAGUUUAAAAUGAGCCUGAACUGGACUGCGGAUCCUGGUCUGAUGUCAUUGUGCACACUUGAAGCGGAAUAAGCUUGGACUGGAUGUAUGCGUGUCUGUCUAAAGACACAUCAGCUGCUAUAUAACCUGAACUCUUGAAGAAAAAUUCUCACACACACACACACAAACACACAUGCACUCAGGCGCACUUAAGAGUGCACAGACACAAACAUGCACACACCACCAAACUAACAGGGUGUAUCUCAACAGUCCCUUCGAUGCCUUUUCCCCAUCAACAGUGACAACUCCGAGCAUCCUUUGACCACUAGGGAUUUCACAAGAACCAAUAAUUCGGUACCAACUCAAUGCCAAAAUUCGGAAAACUUGACUGUACUUGUUUCUAAACAGUGCUGUAGGUACCAGAAAUUAAAUUCUUCCAGACCUGAAGGGGAAUUAUAUGAGCCUACAAAUAUUCUUGUCUGACAUUAAAUGCCAUAGGAAGAAAUGCAGGUGUACAGGUGAUUUUACUUUUACGGCGGUUGCAACUGUCUUUGCUGCCUGUCUCUUCUCCACUCCACUGAACUUUGUGUGCAGGAGGUGAGACAGAUAGCGGUGGAGAGCCGCACACUCAAUAUGCCACUGCAAGUGCAACAAAAGCUCCUUUAAAAAAAGCCAAUGAGGGUAAUUUAUUAAUGUAAUCCCCACAAAAGAUGUUCAGAUGACAAAUAUGAACAAAUGAAUAAGGAAGAGAGAAAUUCCCUAAAGGGCCAAGUCAAAAAAGACUAUAGAGAGAGAUUGUUAGGCGAUUUUAUAGCCUACUUUGGCUAUAAAUAAAUUAUCAGCAGUUAUAACAGUGAGGAACAGCUUGGAUGCAGGCAUGUUGUUCUUAAUACAAUGCAAAGCUAUUCACCUGUAUUAUUAAUAAAGUAUUGAAAUUUGUGGAAUUCCCUGGUAUUGGAUUGACUACUACAUUUUUGGUUUUGUGACAUCCCUAUUGCCCACAGAGACUUUAGAACGUUGGUAUGAAGUCACAUACUUUGAUUGUUCACCAUGAUUCACAAGGAUCCUUACCGCUGCUGCUUCACCGACGAAAGCAUGAAUGCAUCCCACCCCCCGAGACUCCAAACUAUCCUAUUCUGCUGAGCACCUGAGAUGAGUUCUUCAAAUAAAUCCUGUUUUUCUGAUGAGUCAAAUAGUAUCUUGAGCUUUAUUGGCACAAUUGAAUCAUUUUAGAAGGCCCCAAAAGUGUGUUACUGUGAGAUUCAAACAGCAUUCAGCACUGUUCAAGAACUAAUUGACUCAGGUAUUCCUUCCUACAUAAACAUAAUCUAGUUUGCAUUGCCUUGUUACCUUGUAAGCCCAAUAGCAUCUGGUCCUAAGUUAGUUAUUUGUCCUUGAAGGCAAGUAGCCCCAACAGUAAUCAGGUGGAUUCAAAACUGGACUAAACCAGCCUAAGCUAGACCUUACUGUCUCAAUCUGGACCUAAACUGAUCACUGAUGUACCCUAUUGGACCCGCGUGCCUGUCUCUACAGCUGACUUACAGUGCAUUCCCGGCUGGUUGAUAUUGGCGCCAUUAAGGAGGACCUCAGGGAGACCGCUCUGUCCCUCCUCCAUUGAGAUUCAACCUUAGUGAGUGGAAAGGCAUUUGUCUACAAAUAAAAAUAAAUGACAGGGGAGAUCAAUGACUCAAUGAUGUGAGUAUAAAAAUGAGAUGAUGAACAGAUAAAGGAGGAGUAGAGGAAAGCUGAAGAAAAAUAGUAGAAGUAAAAUGAUUACAGAUGAUAAACUGAUGUAUUGAGCAGUUGCUCCUCUCCUCAGCUCCUCGUUCACUUCUGUGUUAGGAACAAAAGAGUGGGACGAGACGACAUGUUUGGUCAUCACUGCACUGAUCCUGGACCUGAAUGUGAAAUGCCUGCCUAUAGAUACA